AUGCCCCUACCGAGGCCUAUGCCUUAUCCUUAUCCUCGGCCUCAACCUCCGCGUAGAAGACAAAGUCCGUAUCCACAGUACCCGCAGUAUCCGCAGUAUCCACCUCCGUAUCCUCUUGUAUAUUACCCACCCCCACAACGUUAUCCAAUGUCCAUGCCUAUGCCAAUGCCGCUAUAUAUACCUAUUGUAAUUCUCCCCAUUGGCAUGGGCACUUUUAGCACCGUGGGCUACAACAACAAUCAGUAUUAUGGGCCUAGCAGCGUUUAUCCUACGUAUAAUCAGCAGUUUCCCACAUCAAGACCAAACUACGACUACUAUAACAAUAACAAUAACAAUAAUUAUAACAAUUACGAUUACAACUCAUACGGCUAA